AGACAACGUAACAGUCAUUCCUUCCCUAAAAGGCUAAACCCCGAAGGCACCGGGGCAGGGGGGACUGAGGUGGGUGCUGUGCCCCCAGGCCUGCCUGGUGCCCACGGCAGAGACGGUUCGGCUGCGGUUCCUGGUGGCCAGGCUGCUGCAGCGCCGGCGCCCCGUGCUGCUGGUGGGCUCCGCUGGCACGGGCAAGUCUGUGCUGCUGGGGGACACGCUCUGCUCGCUGGACACCGACGUCUUCCUGGUCAAGAAGGUCCCCUUUAACUACUACACCACCUCUGCCAUGCUGCAAGGUGUGCUGGAGAAGCCUCUGGAGAAGAAGGCUGGCAGGAAUUACAGCCCCCCAGGCACCAAGAGGCUGGUGUACUUCAUGGACGACCUGAACAUGCCCCAGGUGGAUGCCUACGGGACCGUGCAGCCCCACACCCUGCUCAGGCAGCACCUGGACUAUGGCCACUGGUACGACAGGAGCAGGCUGUCCCUGAAGGAGAUCAGCAAUGUGCAGUACGUGUCCUGCAUGAACCCCACUGCAGGGAGCUUCACCAUCAACCCCCGGCUCCAGCGUCACUUCUGUGUCUUCGCCCUCUCCAACCCUGACCAGGACUCCUUGUCCAGGAUCUACAGCACCAUCUUGGAGCAGCACCUGGCCAGCGGGAACUUCUCCGAGGCUGUGCAAAGCUCAGUGCAGCAGCUCGUUGCCCUGGCCCUGGGGCUGCACCGGAAGGUGGCCGCCACCUUCCUGCCAACAGCUGUCAAGUUCCACUACGUUUUCAACCUCAGAGACUUCUCCAAUAUCUUCCAAGGCCUGCUGUUCUCUACCCCUGAAUGUCUGAAGCAGCCCCAGGACCUGGUGAAGCUCUACCUGCACGAGUCGAGCCGGGUGUACCGGGACAGGAUGGUUGAGGAAGCGGAUUGGGACACUUUUGAUAAAAUCCAGCGGGAGAUGGUGAAGAAGUGCUACGAUGACAUUGAGGACACUUUAGAGCAGGCCAAACACAUGAACAUUUAUUGCCAUUUUGCCAAAGGCCUCGGGGAACCUGGCUACAGGCCAGUUCCGAGCUGGGAGGAGCUGAACCAGAUCCUGGUGGAAGCCUUGGACAGCUACAACGAAGUCAACGCUGCCAUGGACCUGGUGCUGUUUGAGGAUGCCAUGAGCCACGUCUGCCGCAUCAGCCGCGUCCUGGAGGCGCCGCGGGGCAACGCGCUCCUGGUCGGCGUGGGAGGCACGGGCAAGCAGAGCCUGACCCGCCUGGCUGCCUUCCUCAGCUCCCUGGAGGUCUUCCAGAUCACCCUGAGGAAAGGCUACGGCGUCCCUGACCUCAAGGCAGACCUGGCAAACCUGUACCUGAAGGCCGGGCUGAAGAGCGUGGGCUCCGUGUUCCUGCUGAGCGACGCGCAGGUGGCGGACGAGCAGUUCCUGGUGCUGGUCAACGACUUCCUGGCAUCAGGGGAAAUCCCAGAUCUCUUCCCUGAUGAUGAAGUGGAAAACAUCAUCAGCAGUGUGAGGAAUGAAGUCAGGGCCCGGGGGCUGGUGGAUUCCAGGGAGAAUUGCUGGAGGUUUUUCAUCGAGCGAGUCCGACGGCUGCUGAAGGUCGCCCUGUGCCUGUCCCCCGUGGGCCCCAAGCUGCGCCUCCGCAGCCGCCGCUUCCCGGCGCUGGCCAGCGGCACCACCAUGGACUGCUUCCAGCCCUGGCCCCGGGAGGCCCUGGAGUCCGUCAGCCUCCGCUUCCUGCGGGGCAUGGACACCCUGCAGGAUUCAGUCAAGGAUUCAAUCAGCAAAUUCAUGGCCCAUGUCCACAUCAGUGUCAACGAGGUGUCCCGGCUGUACCUCAGCAACGAGCGCCGCUACAACUACACCACGCCCAAGUCCUUCCUGGAGCAAAUCAAACUCUACCAGAACCUGCUGCUGAGGAAGGACAAGGAUUUAAAGGCAAAAAUGGAGCGCCUGGAGAACGGCCUGGAGAAGCUCAAGAGCACUUCUGCACAGGUGGAUGAGCUGAAGGCCAAGCUGGCAGCCCAGGAGGUGGAGCUGAAGCAGAAGAACGAGGAUGCUGACAAGCUGAUCCAGGUGGUGGGAGUGGAGACGGAGAAGGUGAGCAGGAAGAAGGCGGUGGCCGACGAGGAGGAGCGGAAGGUGGCCCUCAUCGCCCAGGAGGUGGAGCAGAAGCAGAAGGACUGUGAGGAGGACCUGGCCAAGGCUGAGCCUGCCUUGGCAGCUGCCCAGGCUGCUCUCAACACCCUCAACAAGACCAAUCUGACGGAGCUGAGGUCCUUUGGGUCACCUCCUUCUGCUGUCAGCAACGUCACGGCGGCCGUGAUGGUGCUGACGGCCCCGGGAGGGAAGAUCCCCAAGGACAGGAGCUGGAAAGCAGCCAGAGUGGCCAUGGCAAGGGUAGACAGCUUCCUGGACUCCUUGAUCAAGUUCAACAAGGAGAACAUCCACGAGAACUGCCUCAAAGCCCUCCAGCCCUAUCUGCAAGACCCCAAGUUCAACCCCGAGUUCGUGGCCACCAAGUCGGCGGCGGCGGCCGGGCUGUGCUCGUGGGUGCUGAACAUCGAGCGCUUCCACCGCGUCUUCUGCGAGGUGCAGCCCAAGAGGCAGGCUCUGGACAGGGCCAACGCCGAGCUGGCAGCAGCCCAGGACAAGCUGGCCACUGUCAAGGCCAAAAUUGCCCGCCUCAACGAGAACCUGGGCAAGCUCACGGCCAGGUUUGAGAAGGCCACCUCAGACAAACUCAGGUGCCAGCAGGAAGCUGAAGCCACAGCCUGCACCAUCACCCUCGCCAACCGCCUGGUUGGGGGACUCGCCUCUGAAAAUGUGAGAUGGGCUGAGGCUGUGGAGGACUUCAAACAGCAGCAGAGCACCUUGUGUGGAGAUGUCCUGCUGGUCACAGCCUUUGUCUCCUACCUGGGCUACUUCACCAGGAAAUACCGCCAGGACCUCCUGGAUGGCAUCUGGAGGCCCUAUUUGGACCAACUAAAAGUGGCGGUGCCGGUGACGCCGCGGCUGGAGCCGCUGUGGGUGCUGGCGGACGAGGCGGCCGUGGCGGCGUGGCACAGCCGGGGCCUGCCGGCCGACCGCACGUCCUGCGAGAACGCCGCCAUCCUGGGCAGCUGCCUGCGCUGGCCCCUGCUCGUGGACCCGCAGCUGCAGGGCAGCAAGUGGAUCAAAAGCACCCACGGAGAAGGGCUCCGCGUCAUCCGAGCGGGGCAGAAAGGGUAUCUGGACACACUGGAACAAGCCCUGGCUGCUGGAGACCUGGUUUUGAUUGAGAACCUGGAGGAAUCCGUGGAUCCUGUGCUGGGGCCCUUACUGGGGCGAGAAACAAUCAAGAAAGGCAGGUACAUCAAGAUUGGGGACAAGGAGUGUGCCCUGCACCCUGCCUUCCGUCUGAUCCUGCACACCAAGCUGGCAAACCCCCACUUCCCUCCCGAGCUGCAGGCCCAGUGCACCCUCAUCGACUUCUCUGUCACCCGCGACGGCCUCGAGGAGCAGCUGCUGGCGGCCGUGGUGCGCCUGGAGAGACCCGACCUGGAGGAGCUGAAGUCAGAUCUCACAAAGCAACAGAACGGAUUCAAGAUCACCUUGAAAACGUUGGAGGACAAUUUGCUCUCUCGGCUGUCAUCAGCAUCUGGGAAUUUCCUGGGAGACACAGCGUUGGUGGAGAACCUGGAGAGCACUAAAAGGACAGCUGCAGAGAUUGUGGAGAAGGUGCAGGAGUUUAAGGUGACAGAAGGCAGGAUUAACGAGGCCAGGGAGCAGUACAGGCCCGCGGCCUGCCGCGCCGCCAUGCUCUACUUCACCAUGAACGAGCUGCACGCCAUCCACCCCAUGUACCAGUUCUCCCUGAAGGCAUUCCACGUGGUGUUCCAGAAGGCCAUGGAGAGGGCAGCCCCUGCUGAGAGCCUGGCAGGGCGGGUGCUGAGCCUCACGGACAGCAUCACCUUCUCCGUGUUCCAGUACACGGCCCGGGGGCUCUUCGAGAGGGACAAACUGACCUUCAGUGCCCAGCUCACCUUCCAGAUACUUCUGAUGAAUAAAGAAAUCGACCCAGCAGAACUGGAUUUCCUGCUCAGGUACCCAGCACAGCCCGGAGUCACGAGCCCUGUGGAGUUCCUGUCUGACCAGGCCUGGGGAGGAAUCAAGGCUCUCUCAUCCAUGGAGGAGUUCAGAAACCUGGAUCGGGACAUUGAAGGGUCUGCGAAACGCUGGAAGAAAUUCGUUGAGUGUGAGUGUCCCGAGAAGGAGAGGUUCCCCCAGGACUGGAAGAACAAGUCAGCGCUGCAGCGCCUGUGCAUCCUGCGAGCCCUGCGGCCCGACCGCGUGCCCUGCGCCGUCAGAGAUUUUGUAGAAGAAAAGCUGGGCAGCAAAUACGUGGUGGGGAGACCCCUGGAUUUUGCAACGACCUUUGAGGAAUCAGGGCCUGCCACCCCGAUGUUUUUUAUCCUGUCCCCAGGAGUGGACCCCCUGAAGGAUGUGGAGAAACAUGGGAAGAAGCUGGGCUACACCUUUAACCACAGGAACCUCCACAACGUCUCCCUUGGACAAGGCCAGGAGGUGGUGGCUGAACAAGCUCUGGAUGUGGCUGCAAAGGAGGGUCACUGGGUCAUCCUUCAGAACAUCCACCUGGUGGCCAAGUGGCUGAGCUCCCUGGAGAAGAGGCUGGAGCAGCUCAGCGAGGGCAGCCACCGGGACUUCCGCGUGUUCCUGAGCGCCGAGCCCGCGCCGUGCCCCGAGAGCCACAUCAUUCCCCAGGGCAUCCUGGAAAACUCCAUCAAAAUCACCAGCGAGGCGCCCACCGGGAUGCACGCCAACCUGCACAAGGCCCUGGACAACUUCAGCCAGGACACCCUGGAGAUGUGCAGCCAGGAGAAGGAGUUCAGGAGCAUCCUCUUUGCCCUGUGCUAUUUCCACGCGGUGGUGGCGGAACGGCGCAAGUUCGGCCCGCAGGGCUGGAACCGCCCGUACCCCUUCAGCACCGGGGACCUCACCAUCUCUGUCAACGUGCUCUACAACUACCUGCAGGCCAGCUCCAAGGUCCCCUACGAUGACCUGCGCUACCUCGUGGGUGAGAUCAUGUACGGAGGUCACAUCACGGAUGACUGGGACAGGCGGCUCUGCAAAACCUACCUGGAAGAGUUUAUUAAGCCAGAAAUGCUGGAGGGAGAGCUCUGCCUUGCUCCUGGAUUUCCUCUCCCAGGGAACAUGGAUUAUAACGGCUAUCACCAGUACAUAGACGAUGCCCUGCCUCCAGAGUCCCCCUACCUGUACGGCCUCCACCCCAACGCCGAGAUCGGGUUCCUGACGCAGCGCUCGGAGCGGCUCCUGCGCACCAUGCUGGAGCUGCAGCCCCGCGACAGCAGCGCGGGCCAGGGAGCUGCUGGCACCCAGGAGGAGAUGGUGCAAGCCCUCCUGGAGGAGAUGCUGGAGAAGCUCACGGAUGAGUUCAACAUGGCAGAGCUGAUGGCCAGGGUGGAGGAGAGGACUCCCUAUGCUGUGGUUGCCCUGCAGGAGUGCGAGCGCAUGAACGCCCUGACGGCCGAAAUGCGGCGCUCGCUGGCCGAGCUGGAGCUGGGCCUGAAGGGGGAACUGACCAUGACCAGCGACAUGGAGACCUUGCAGAACUCCCUCUUCUUGGGCACGGUGCCUGAGUCCUGGGUGAAGAGAUCUUACCCUUCCACGGCCAGCCUGGGCUCGUGGUUUGCUGACCUGCUGGCCCGCAUCAGCGAGCUGGAAGCCUGGACCAGGGACUUCUCCUUGCCCUCCACGCUGUGGCUCGGAGGGUUCUUCAACCCCCAGUCCAUCCUGACAGCCAUCAUGCAGACCACAGCCCGCAAGAACAGGUGGCCCCUGGACAAGAUGACGCUGCAGUGUGAUGUGACAAAGAAGAGCAGAGAGGAUUUUGCCAGUGCUCCUCGUGAGGGGGCCUAUGUGCACGGUCUGUUCAUGGAGGGAGCACGCUGGGAUGCUCAGGCCGGGGCAAUCACAGAGGCCAGGCUCAAGGAGCUCACCCCAGCCAUGCCUGUCGUGUUCCUCAAGGCCAUUCCUGAUGACAAGCAGGACACCCGGGGCCUGUACCCGUGUCCUGUGUACAAAACCCGCCAGAGAGGCCCAACCUACGUGUGGACUUUCAACCUCAAAACCAAGGAAAACCCGUCCAAGUGGGUGCUGGCUGGUGUGGCCUUGCUGCUGCAGACCUGAGGCACCAGCACAGCCCCUGGUCUGCAAAGCCCUCACAAUGUCACACCAUUUAAACAAGUCAAUGCUGAGCUUAACCCAAGUUCCAUCUCUCUGAUGGACUCCCAAGUUAUCUCUGUGUCCUGGGGAUGUGACCCAAGCAGGGCCUGCGAGGAGGUGACAGAGUGACACGGCCCAGGUUUGUGGCUGCUGUACAUCAAUAUCCUGUAAUUCCUACACUGCUGCACUGCAAGAUCCCAGAUAUACCACACCCAGAGAGUGCUAACCUUAAAUCUGCUUUUUAUUUCUGUUCGUGAUCCAAAGCAGUUUUAAAAUCAUCCAUCAGUAAAAUCAGUGGCCUUCUCCAAAACACUUAAACAGUCCAGUGACUUGUGAAAUUCUCCAGAAUCUCUUCCUUUCCCUCCGCGCAUGUUUCUUUGUGGUGUGUGUAAUAUUGGAAGCUGGGAGGUGAGCAGAUGUUGUGGUUAUCAGCUGUGUGUUGCUAACCCUCCUGUCAAUCUCAGAAACAUUGAAAAUAGUGUUAAUACCCAGUGUGCUCAAUGGAAUCAAUAGUGAAAGCACAGCACAGGGGUGAUUUAAGAGCAAUGUGUCAUGGUGAGAGAUACUAAUAAAUGUAAUUGUU